UAUAUAUAUGGAUUUACACAGAUAUUUUCUACAUGCAUAUAGAACGUUAGUUUUUCGAGAAUAAAACAUGGUCGUUACGUUCAAUAGUUGCUAGGGAUUUUUUUUCAGUGUAUUAACCAGUUGAAUGUAACAACGAACGAUUCGUGCGUAUGAUAUUUUGUAUCAAUAAUAUUUGUGUGUGGAAAAAAAAAAUAUAAAAUUAAUACAAUGCAAAAUCCAAACGAAGAUACAGAGUGGAAUGAUAUUCUCAGGAAGAAGGGAAUUAUUCCUGAGAAAGCCAAAGAAAAAGAAGUGACAGAAGAUCAAAUAUUAGAUAUUGUAGAAAAUACAAUAAAUGAAAAGACUGGAUGCACUGCUAAUGAUUUAGAAAAAAAAACUUUGGACGAGUUGGAUGAAUUGGAAGAUGAAGAAGAUGAAAUGAUUCUUUUAGAAUAUAGACGUAAAAGGAUAGCAGAAAUGCAGGAGUUAGCAAAAAAAAACAAGUAUGGAGAGAUUAAGGAAAUAUCUGGAAAGGAAUAUAUUCAAGAAGUUAAUAAUGCAGGAGAUGUUUGGGUAGUUCUGCAUUUAUAUAAACCUGGAAUUCCUAUAUGUUCACUUGUCAACCAAUACUUAGCUUCCAUAGCAAGAAAAUUUCCUGCAACAAAAUUUCUCAAAAGUAUUUCCACUACUUGUAUACCUAAUUGGCCGGACAGAAAUCUUCCAACUAUUUUUAUUUAUCACAAAGGAAACAUGGUUAAAAAAUUUAUUGGACCUAUAGAAUUGCGUGGAAUGAAACUCACCGAAGAAGAACUAGAAUGGAUGCUUGGUCGAGCAGAAGCUAUACCAACGCAAAUAGAAGAAAAUCCACGUCCACAAGUAAAAGAUGUUUUAUUUUCUAAAUUAAAAGGCAAUAGUGAGACGGAUGAUUGGUAACUUCUUUUUAUAAUUAGGUAAUUAUAUAAAGACUAAUGGAAAGGUGCUAAAAGUGUGAAUAUCAUGUACCAAAAAAUAUUUUAUUUCUUCUUUUAAUUUAUGUAUAUACAAAAAUUUAUGUAUAUACACUUAUUACAAAGUAUUAACCUCAAAAAUA